AUGGCACACCCCGUCUCAGCCUUCCAGGCUGCCUACAUCUCCAUCGAAGUUCUCAUCGCUUUGGUGUCCGUGCCGGGGAAUAUCCUGGUCAUUUGGGCUGUGAAGAUGAACCAGGCGCUGCGGGAUGCCACUUUCUGCUUCAUCGUCUCGCUGGCGGUGGCCGACGUGGCCGUGGGAGCCCUGGUCAUCCCCCUGGCCAUCAUCAUCAACAUCGGACCACAGACAGAGUUUUACAGCUGCCUCAUGGUGGCCUGUCCCGUCCUCAUCCUCACUGAGAGCUCCAUCCUGGCGCUCCUGGCCAUCGCCGUGGAUCGAUACCUGCGGGUCAAGAUCCCCGUCAGGUACAAGAGUGUGGUGACACCCCGGCGGGCAGCGGUGGCCAUUGCUUGCUGUUGGAUCGUCUCCUUUCUGGUGGGACUCACUCCUAUGUUUGGCUGGAACAACCUGAACAAGAUGCGGAGGACUCAGGAGCUGAACGCCAGCCACACGGAGUUUGUCAUCAAGUGCCAGUUUGAGACGGUCAUCAGCAUGGAGUACAUGGUGUACUUCAACUUCUUCGUUUGGGUCCUGCCUCCCCUGUUGCUGAUGCUGCUCAUCUACCUGGAAGUCUUCAACCUUAUCCGCAAGCAACUCAACAAGAAGGUCUCCUCCAGCUCCAACGACCCUCAGAAGUAUUAUGGGAAGGAGCUAAAGAUUGCGAAGUCAUUAGCACUGGUUCUCUUCCUCUUUGCGCUCAGCUGGCUCCCUCUGCACGUCCUCAACUGCAUCACCUUGUUCUGCCCAUCCUGCGAGACGCCGCACAUCCUCACCUACAUCGCCAUCUUCCUCACCCACGGCAACUCGGCCAUGAACCCCAUCGUCUACGCCUUCAGGAUCAAGAAGUUCCGGACAGCUUUCCUGCAGAUCUGGAACCAGUACUUCUGCUGCAAAACCAACAAAAACACCAGCACCACCACGGCUGAGCCGGGCAACUAGGAGCUGGGAGAGAGCAGAGAGGGGUCCUCCGUGCCCAGCCCGAUCCCCAUCUGGCCGCUGUUCCUGCUGCUGGGGAAGGGCUGGUGAGGACCCGGGAGGGCUGGAUUCACCAGCGCUGU